AGCUGGAAGGCUGGCAGCCUGCUUCACGUGGCCGUGGGGCAGCAGGAGGUGCUGCCGACAGCUUCGCUCAGCAGAUCUGCCUGGGGUAGAGCGGAGUCGCCGGGAGCCGAGCCCUUUCUCCAGCUCAUUUGCCCCGCCGGCCCGUGGCAGUGCCGCCUGGUUCUACACACAAGAGUUUUCUCCUCCUGGCGCCUCUCGGAAAGAACCACAUGCGCCCAGCCAAGGAUCCAGGGGGCGCGACGUCGCGGCUUUCACCCAGGUUACUCUGAGAAGCGUGCCGUUUGUUCAUCUAUUGGUUUCCGCGCCGAAGCGGGACUUGCUCUAGUCUAGGCGCUCAAGUCAAGAGUGGAGAUAGCUGGCGCCCGCGAUGCAACUUCUCAGCGGCUUCCUUAUGGCUCUUGCCUUGCAGAUGGUGGGCACGCAGGUGAGAUUCGCGGUCCCUCGUCCCUGGCAGAGGCAGGACGUGCUUCUUCGGAACAGCACCACUGAAGCAGCAGUGGUAUCCUUUCAUGACGUUUGGAAUCGUAGCUCCUGCCAGCCCUUGGAAAAACUUGUCAAUGUUGUAUCUGAGUACCCCAGUGAAGUAGAGCAUGUUUUCAGCCCUUCCUGUGUCUUCUUGCACCGCUGCAGUGGGUGCUGCGGAGAUGAGACACUUCAGUGUGUCCCAACGGAGGCAGCCAAUAUCACAAUGCAGAUUUCACCCUUACAGCUCCUGAAGACGAACUCAGGGGACCAAGCACCCUAUGUGGAGCUAUCCUUCGUGGAACAUAUGAAGUGUGCAUGCAGGCCUCGGCGAGGUGUUUUGAAGUCAGGGAGGAGGAGGAGACCCAAGGGACGCAGCAAGAGGAAACGGGCAAAGCAGAGACCCAAAGAUUGAUUUCUAUGGAAAGGGAAGAUCUGGAAAGGAUUUGAGGAGAUAAAUGUAGCAAGUUUUCCAUUGUGCCUUGUUGAUGAGAGUACGGGCAGUGUUUCUGUGAUUUGUACUUGACAGUGCAACUUUGUCUCUCCAGUUUAGAGACUCCUUAAAAUUUGUAUCUUUGUCAUAUCUAUCAGUCUUUUUUGCCUAAAAGAAAAAUAACAUGCUUUACAGAAAAGCAAUACCUAGUAAAAGCCGUACUUAACAGUAAAGUGUCUUCAGGAUGCAUUGAACCAAGUCAAACUUAGAGUAGACAUAUUGAAAUCAAUGGGCUUCAGUUAGUCACAUCAAUUUAUUUCAAUGGGUUCACAUACAACUCUUAGUCUGGAUGAAGAGACUAAUGCAAAUUUGGUGGUAAUUUUUUGUGUGCUUGCGUGCAGAGCUCUGGCGUAAGGGCCAGGAUCUGAACAGCAGCUUUAGAUGCACUCAAGGGCUUCAGCUCAAAGUAACAGACUCCUAUGUCUUAUCUCACAUCUCACUCUCUCUGACACACAUGCACACACAGAUUUUCCAAAAAUCUCCAUUUCAAAAGAGGAUUGCUGUGUGGCAUUUGGAACUGCUGCUGCUCAAGAAACAAAAGCUGAAAGCCCUUAAAAGCCAAGGCCAGGACAACUAAAACACAGUUGGUGUUCUCUUUGUGGCUUCUAAUCAGAUUUUUAAAAGUGUCCUUAGGAGACUUGAUUAAUCGUACAUAGUGAGGUGCCUCAAUUGGGAACUUGGAAACUGGCUUCUAGUGAGAAAUUCUGCUGGUCAACGACCGAAAUAAAUAAAUAAUAAUUAUUAUUAUUCUAGUGAGAAAUGAGGUGAUUAGAGGUCAACAAACUUAUUGAUAGAGGUGAUCCAGUGGAAAUAGUAUACUUGGACUUUCAAAAACCUUGCAACAGCAUACAUCACCGAAGAGUCUUGAGUAAGCUUAGCAGUCAUGGAAUAAGAGGAGAGAUCAUUUUGUGGAUCAGAAACUGGCUAGGAAACAGGAAGCAGAGAGUAAGAAUAAAUUGACAGUUCUCCCAAUGGAAGGAUAUAGAAAAUGGAGUCCCCCCAAGGAUUGAUAUUGGGACCUGUGCUUUUUAACUUGUUCAUAAACAAACUAGAGUUAGGGGUGAGCAGUGAGGUGGCCAAGUUUGCUAAUGAUACGAAAUUGUUCAGGGUUAUUAAAACAAAAAGGGAUUGCAAGGAGCUUCAAAACAAUGUCUCUAAACUGAGUGAGUGAGCAGUAAAAUGGCAAAUGCAAUUCAAUGUAAACACAUGUAAAGUUAUGCAUAUUGGAGCAAAAAGAUCUUAAUUUCAGAUAUAUGCUUGUGGGGUCUCACUAGUGGUGAUUGACCAGGAGCAAGACCUUGUGGUCAUAGUGGAUAAAUUGAUGAAUAUGUCGACCCAGUGUGCGGCAGCUGUGAAAAAGGCAGGAAUUCCAUGCUAGGGAUCAGUAGAAAAGGUAUUGAAAAUAAAACUGGCGAUAUCAUAAUGCCAUUAUACAAAUCCAUGGUGCGGCUGCGUUUGGAAUACUGUGUAUAGCUCCGGCUGCUUCCCCUCAAAAAGGACAUUGCUGAGUCGGAAAAGGUUCAGAAAAGGGCAACCGAAAUGAUCAAGGAGAUGAAGUGGCUCCCGCAUGAGGAAAGGAUGUAGCAUUUGGAGCUUUUUAGUUUAGAGAAAAGGCAAGUAAGAGGUGACAUGAUAGAAGUGUACAAAAUUAUUCAUGGCAUGGAGAAAGUGGAUAGAGAAAAGUGUUUUCCCCUCCCUCAUAACACUAGGCUGUCCAGUGAAGCUGAAUGUUGGAAGAUUCAGGACAGACAAAGGAAAGUAUUCUUCACACAGUGCAUAGUUUGCUCGCACAAGAGGUAGGGAUGGCCACUAACUUGGAUGGCUUUAAAGGAGGAUUAGACAAAUUAAUGGAGGAUAAGGCUAUAAAUGGCUACUAGCCAUGAUGCCUAUGCUGUGCUUCCAUAGUUCAAGGUAGUAUCAUUCCUAAUACCAGUUGCUGGAAACUGCAAGAUGAGGACUCGAUGGGCCACUGGCCUGAUCCAGCAGAGUCUGAUGUUCUUAAGAACUUUGGUGUGGACUUUGCCACCAGAAAGGUGGAUGGCCUUGCCAAGCCCAGUGUGAUGAUCAUCAGCUGCAGUGGGGAUAUUAUAAUGAUCAAAACAGAGAGUAGUUUAAAGAAUGCAGAGUUUUCUUUUGAAGAGUUUGAUGAGACCACAGCAGAUGACAGGAAAGUAGAGUAUUUUGAUACUAGACAGUGGCUCACUUAAUCAGGUGCAGAAAUUGGCUGGAAAAAAGAAACUACAAUAAAAAAUACAAUAACGCGUGGAGAGCUGGUUGUGUAAUGUGUAAUGGCAAUGUUAUCUCCACUUCAUGAGGAAGCAUGAGGACUCCUUUAUAUGCACUUACUGGGACCCUGAGGCAGAGGAUGAAGCUCGGUUCAGUGAUCAGAGCCUCACAAAGAAAUUGCUUUCUUCAAAGAACUGAGUUGGUGUCAGACCAACUCCAAAGCACUCUUGUAUCUAAUCUGAAGUACUGUGGUUAUUCAAUAAAGUGCUCACAUUGAGAGAGCAUCUAUCUAAAAUAAAACAAUUCUCAAAACUGAGCAAUUUCUGUACUUGGUGAAUUGUGGAUAAUCUUACACUUGUUUCCAUCUCUGUAAACUAAGCAGCUAUCUUUGGGAAUUACCAAUGCUUACUGGUGGUGACAGCAUUAGUUAUGCUGAUGACUUGCCAGAAAGACAGCCACUCUAAGAGCACAGUUGGAUGCACACCUACUUGAAUAAUAUGGGAUUUUCUUCUGCAUGAACAUACACAGUAUGGGCAGCAAAGUUUUCAGUAAAAAGCACAUCACAUUCUUAGAAAGAACUGAGUAUCCAAAAGUCAUUUCUCAUGCAAGCAGAAAUGUUCUUUCUAUUGUUUCUUUGGAUUUUAAG